UCGUGUGGUCGGGUGCCAUAGCAACGGCUCAUGAGAAACAUUGUUAUAGCUCAGGCCAGUUUGACGUGCUCGAUGUUUGAUGACAGCUGCGUUCAUGCGGACAAUUUAGGACAGUGGCAACUCCUGCAACAAAUUGCCGUUAUGUCUCGCCGCUGUCUCGACCGUCCAUGAGCUGAUAGGUGCCGUAAUACACCCAAAAAAAUAAAAAUAAAAAUAACACCGAGCAGUUAAGACAAGUAGUCACGGUUAUAUAGAGAAGCAUGAUAGUUAGUGUGAAAAUGUGUUUUACUGCACAGUCGUCCAUGUCAGGUAGAAAAUCAGUCAAGUGUCGGCGCUGAUGUGCGUUCCUUUUUUUUUUUUUUUUUUUUAAUCGCCGUGCCCUAGUGUGACUGGCGCGUCUCCCGGCUGUAUCAGAGCCUGUUGCUCCCCGUGUGUGGCCAAUGCCAGGAUAUUAAUUUUCCCUGCGAUGCAUUGUGCUCCCCCUCCUCCUCCUCCUCUCCUUUCCUCUUAUCUCCUUUCUCCCCCUCAGUCUCCUCUCUGUCCAUUGUUGUCAUCCAUUGAGCGAAAGGUGCAGCACUGCACAUCUGUGUGUUUUUGCCUGUCUUUUAACAUUGAAUUCAACAGAGCAUCACCUUAACUCCACUCAUAUAUAAUCAACAUGCUGCAUGUCUGAAAAUGUAACUCAGCACCCCCAGUGUAUGGUCUACAUGGCUUACUUUAUUGUCUGCAGUGGAGUAACUGUACCUAUAAUCUACAGUAUUAACCACAUAGUAGCCUAUUGUAUACAUAUACAUAAACACAAUAUAUAAAUGUAGUCUCAAAUAAAUUCAAUAUAAAGUUUACGAUAUAUAUUGACCUGCAUGUAUGUUAAUCAUAAGCACAAUGUAUGCACAUUGGUUAGGUUAAUACACUAUAUACAGUUCUCUAACUCAGAUUUUGUUUCAUACUGUCUCUAUAGUAGGCCACCAUAGUAUUUUUUUCCUACACCUUUUUUUUCCUCUCUACCGCUCAUCUUCUUCAGAUGAUACAUUUCCCUCCUGGGAUCAGUUCACUUUCGAUGUUAUUUUAACUUUCAACUUUGUUGAGAUCUUGUCAAAUCUUCCAUUGGAGAGAAAUUUGUGGGUGUUGCACAAGAUCUUUUUAGUGUAAGGUGUUCCAUUAUUUUGUCCACCCCCAUUAGUUUUAAACCCCUCCUCCACACUCCAUUAGCUUACUAUAAAUGUGAAGCUGCUCAUAUUCAUUUGCUGGCCACGGUGCAGAAGAAUCUACAUAGAUACAGAAAUAGCAGGGCAGAACCCAAGUUUACAAGAUUAGUUCAUUACAGUGAACUUAUUAUUAGACACUUGGAACUGAAAGCAUAAAGCUAUCGGUUUCCUAGCUGUAUUCUUGUACCAACAAACAGCUGGCAUCUGGUGAGAGAAUGAAUGCUGAUGACUGCAAUGGACGCUCAUAUGCACAAGGUAAUGAAGGAGAGUCAUCAACAGAACAGGAUUUUUAUGGCGGGUUGCAGGGUCCUUCAGCGAGAUCUCCAAACAGUCAGCAGUCCUCACCACACCGCUCUCUUAGUGCAAACUCCAUUAAGGUUGAGCUGUGCAGCGAUGAUGAGUCACCAGGUGCUCCACAGCCAGAGAAAAGAGAGGCUGUGAGGGACGAUAGUAGGAAGGAUGACAGAGGGGAUCCCAUGGAAGAAGGGAGCGCAGAAUACGCAGGGGCAGGAAGAAACAGAGCGAGCGUUUACAAUGAGAUGGCCAGUCCAAACGCUGCUUCACCAGGACCUAUCAGGCUGCCCAACGGGAAGCUCCAGUGUGAGGUGUGUGGGAUGAUCUGCAUCGGACCCAACGUGCUGAUGGUGCACAAGCGUAGCCACACAGGUGAGAGGCCGUUCCAGUGUAACCAGUGUGGAGCUUCCUUUACCCAGAAGGGGAACUUGUUGCGCCACAUAAAGCUGCACUCAGGAGAAAAGCCUUUUAAGUGUCCCAUUUGCAAUUAUGCUUGUCGCAGGAGAGAUGCCUUGGCUGGACAUCUACGCACACAUGCAGUUUCUUCUCCAACGGUGGGAAAACUUUUCAAGUGCAGCUACUGCAGUCGCAGCUACAAACAACAGAGCACAUUGGAGGAACAUCUAGAGCGCUGCCAUAGUUAUCUGAAGAGUUUGGAUCACCAGACAGCAGUCAACACACCAAUAACACAGGGUGAAGAGUCAGUAAAUAUGGAGACAGUUACUAAACCUGUGCUCCAGCCAUCGAAUGAAAAAAUCCAGCAUGUGGAUAGACUGGCUAUUAGCAUCACCAAACGCAAGAGGUCAACACCACAGAAGUUUUUGGGUGAAAAGCACAUGCGCCUUGACCUACCUGAAGCACCUUAUGAAUUGUCCUCUGGCUCUGAGAAGGAAGGGGACCUCACAAGCUCUCAGCCUGCUGGAGACUCUGCUGGGUUGCCUGGUUCACAUCUCCAAGGCAGUAGGGGUAAAGGGGAGAACCAUGAGUCAACUGCACUGUCCCAGCUCCAUCCUGCCUUCCUGUCAGAGCUACGCACAGUUAUGGGCUCCAUCAACAGCAAUGCGACUCCUCAGGGCCCCCGAGCCCAUGGUGGAGUAGGGCCGACAGUAAUGCCUCAUGGCCUGGCUGGGCGGGAGGCAGUUGAAGGCCGUGAUGACCAACCGUUAACCCAUAGCCACACCACCUCGCCCAAUGGCUGCCCCGACUCUACAGACACAGAGAGCACAGCAGAAGAGCAGAGCACAAGGGCUACAGCCCCGACAAGUACCUCCAACAACCACCACCUCCACUACCAAACCCUCACACUGCCCCGCAGCCAUCCCACCUCCAGUCCCAGCCAGGCCAAAGACUUGGACCAAGAGUGGGAGAGAGCGUGUCCUGUACCCCCCACCAUAGUGAAGAGGAGCCCUGGCUCACUUCUUUCUUCUAGGGAGACUAUGCAGGUGUUAGACAGGGAUGGUCGGCCUGUGCACUCCUUCUACUGCCGGCACUGUCGCAUCCUCUUCCUGGACCAUGUCAUGUUCACCAUCCACAUGGGUUGUCAUGGCUUCCAUCAACCCUUUGAGUGCAACAUUUGUGGCCACCAUAGCCAGGACCGCUACGAGUUCUUGUCUCACAUCAGCCGUGGAGAGCAUCAGGUGGGCUGAGGAGAGGCGAUAGUGGUCGGAUGAGGAGAGGUGGCUGUUGCUCUCUUGUUGUGGGCUCACGUUUGUUCUGCACCAGAUCAGUUGCUUUAAAUCCCAAGUGUAAGUAAAAGGAUUUGUGAUUUUA